ACAACAACACAUAUAUUUAAUUUUAUCACAAUAUGGCUAAAUUGUUGAGAGCAUUUUUCUUCAAAUCUCUUUUCAUAUUUUGGUACCGUUUUCUCCUUAGACAACUCAAAAACCUCAUAGUUUUCCAUAGAACUAUUAGCAACACUUUUGCUACUACCACCACCACUACAACAACAUCACAAAAUAAAUACCAAAAAUUUCCAUCUCUUCUUAAUCGAACAGACCUAGAUGACCAUACAUUAAUCUUCGAUGUCGAAAACACUCUUCUUAGAUCAUCUUCUCUGUUUCCGUAUUUCAUGCUUGUAGCAUUUGAAGCAGGAGGACUUCUAAGAGCCAUUGUUCUUGUUGUUCUAUACCCUUUUAUUUAUUUUUCAGGAGAAAAAAUGGGGUUGAAGAUUAUGGUUAUGGUAUGUUUUUUUGGUAUUAAAGCAGAGAGCUUUAGAAUUGGAAGAUCGGUUAUGCCGAAAUUCUUUUUGGAAGAUGUUGGUUCUGAAAUCUUUGAGGUGGUUAGUAAAGGUGGGAAGAAAAUGGGUGUUAGUAAUCUACCUCGUGUAAUGGUGGAGAGUUUCUUGAAAGAGUAUUUGGAAAUUGAUUUUGUGGAUGCUAAGGAACUCAAAAUGUUUUGUGGGUACUAUGUUGGGUUGUUGGAUGAGACACAAAAUGUUCAUGCUUUGAAACAAGUUCAAGAAGGAAAAGGUUGUUCAGAUAUGAUUGGAAUUUUUAACAUUAGAGACCAUGAAAUUUUCUCUUCUUGCAAGGAGGUCUAUGUUGUGUCACAAGCUGACAAAAGAAGUUGGAAAAAGCUAGCCAAAAAGAAUUAUCCAAAAGCACUUAUUUUCCAUGAUGGAAGAUUGGCCUUAACACCAACCCCAUUAAAAUCGCUAGCAAUGUUAAUAUGGCUUCCCUACGGAAUAUUCCUCUCCGUUAUCAGAAUCUUAUUAGCCUUCACACUUCCGUUCAAACUCUCAACUCCGUUACUAAUCUUCACCGGCCUCCGUCUCACAUCAUCCCUCCCCGAAAACGCACACCCCAACAAACAAAACGACAACACCAAAUCCAACGGCCACCUUUACGUUUGCAACCACCGAACCUUACUAGACCCACUCUACAUUUCAUUCUCAUUACAAAAGAAACUAAUAGCGGUAACUUAUAGCCUAAGCAAAGUCUCCGAGAUAAUCGCACCGAUCAAAACGGUGCGAUUGAGUCGGAACAGAGACACUGAUUCAAAAAUGAUGAAGAGGUUGUUACAAGAAGGGGACGUAGUUGUCUGUCCCGAAGGAACCACUUGUAGGGAACGUUAUUUAUUAAGGUUCAGCCCUUUGUUUUCUGAGAUGUGUGAUGAGAUUACACCUGUGGCUGUUGAUAGCCACGUCAGCAUGUUUCAUGGGACAACCGCUGGGGGUUUGAAAUGUUUGGACCCGGUUUUUUUUCUCUCGAAUCCGUCUCCGGUUUAUACGGUUCGGUUGUUGAACCGGGUUUAUCGUUCAGAGUUUUCACGGAUUAAUGAGGAUGUUGAGGUUGAGGGGUGUAGAUUUGAAAUGGCGAACCGGGUUCAAGGUGAAAUUGGGAAUGCUUUGGGGUUUGAGUGUACGAAAUUGACGAGGAAAGAUAAGUAUUUGAUUUUGGCUGGGAAUGAAGGUGUUGUUUCAAAGAGGUGAAAAAUCAACAAAAACAGAGUUUAUUUAUGAUUAGUUUGAUGAAAAUGAAAGAGUUUUAAUUUCGUGGACCUAUAGAAAAUAAUGGUCAUCUUUUGUUUUUGUUUUUUUUUAUUUGAUUUAAUUGAUUGUAAUUGUUUUUUUAUUCAAAUUUGUGUUGUAUAUUUUGUGUUACUAUUAAUGCAAAGCAAUAUUGAUUAAUGUUGAUAUUUUGAUUUGAUCUGUCAAAAUUAAAAUUUAUGUAGUCUUUAAUUUGUAAUUAAUGUGAAUGAGGCUAGCUGGCUACUGUUUAAACGGAUGAAAGUGCGAUAAAGUAGAAUUUAAUUUACAAUAACCAAGUUUAUGAUAUGUUACAAUUGAAUUA